GUCAACACAUAUCAAUCGUCAAUUUCAGUCACAACGUUUUCCAUAUGUAUAUUUUGUAAACAAUUAUUAAGAAGGCAUGUUUUUUAGGAUUUCGUCUAAAGAAAGACUAGUGAGGAUCUAAUAGCCUUAUUUAAAUUUCAGGCAAACAUUUUUAUUCUAAAAAUAUCAACUGGUAUAAAGACAACAACAAAGUUACCAAUGUUUUAACCUAGAAUAAUCGACACAAUUUCGUUCUGACAGUUCGUGUUAGCUCUAUUUAUUUCCAAUCAUUGUUUACGCUGAAUAGUUCAGCUGAAGUCGAACCGCAACAUGACCGAUAAGCAAAAGGUACUGGUUUGCGGUGACGUGAAAGGAAACUUCAAAGCCUUGUUCUCAAAAAUUGAAACGAUAAAUAAAAAAUCUGGACCCUUUGAUUUUCUGCUUUGUGUUGGCGACUUUUUUGGUAAAAGCAAUAUCGAGCUGGAACCAUACAAAAAUGGGAUGCGCCACAUCUCUGUACCGACAUAUAUUAUCGGCCCUAAUACAGAAGCAGAGAUUAAACACUAUCCCGAUAUAGAUGGGUGUGAAAUAUGCCCAAAUCUCACUUAUCUUGGCAGACGUGGACUUUAUAAUUCUUCUUCAGGACUAAAGAUAGCCUAUGUCAGUGGCAUUGAGAACUCUGAUGCUCAAGUUGAUUCUAACGCUUAUAAUUUCAAUCAAAACGAUGUAUCGGCAAUAAGAGAUAUUUGCCUCAAAGGACAGCCCAGUUUCAGAGGCGUAGAUGUACUCCUGAGCUCACCGUGGCCACAAGAUAUCACCAAUCAUGACCCCAAUGAACCACAGUUCAAAUAUCAAGGUUCUAAGUUAAUUGCAUGGCUUGCUGCUCACAUCAAACCAAGAUACCAUAUCAGUGGUCUUGAAGACAUACAUUAUGAGAGACCUCCAUACAGAAAUCAAGCACCGAAUGGAGACAGCAUCGAAAUAGCUUCGAGGUUUAUUGCUCUAGCUUUUGUGAAUAAUACGCAGAAAAAAAAAUGGCUGUAUGCAUUGAAUCUGACACCUGUAGACCGCACACGUCUCUGCGACUUGGCACAACGUACAACAGAUGAAACGCAAAGUCCGUAUCCAUUAUCUUUGCUGAAUUCUCAGCACUCAAAUCAAACAGAUGAAGGAAAGAAUACCCAAUUCUUUUAUGACAUGGAUUCCAAAGAUCACAAUAAAAGAUCUAAGAAUCGUGAAGGCUUUCAGAAAAGACCAAGGCCUGAAUUUGAUCAAGCUAAGUGCUGGUUUUGCCUCUCUAGCCCCGAUGUAUCUAAACAUUUAGUUAUUUCUGUUGGCACCGAGAUCUACCUCGCCCUGGCAAAGGGAGGGUUGGUCGAAGACCAUCUUUUGAUAUUGCCCAUCACUCAUCACGCAAGUUUAUCGAUUCUCCCUGAGACUGUGGCCAAAGAAAUGAAAGCAUAUAAAAAAGCCAUCACCAAAUACUAUGCUAGCACGGACAGAGUACCUGUAUUUUUUGAAAGGAAUUACAAAACUUCACAUUGUCAACUCCAGGCUGUUCCCGUUCACAAAAACCAAGAGCCUACUUUGAGAGAAGCUUUUGAAGAAUUGUCACAGAGUAAUAAUUUCCAGCUAGACGAACUGCCACCACGAAGUCAGCUGGAGCAGAUAGCCCCAGCUGGGACACCCUACUUCUACGUCGAAUUACCAAAUGGUGAGAUGCUAUAUCAUAGGAUUCGGAAAAGCUUUCCCAUCCAAUUUGGUCGUGAAGUUUUGGCGAGCGAUCGAAUACUGGAUAUGAGUGAUCGUGUAGACUGGAAAGACUGCCAGUUGGACAAGGAAGAAGAAACUGAAUUAGCUAAGAAAAUCAGAAACCAGUUUCAGCAGUAUGAUCCAGCGGCUUAAAUAGUCGUAAUCGUCUUCCAAACGCAACAUACGUAUAUUUUCGUACUGUAAAUACAUUAAAUGUUACAAAAUCAA